AUGACUGACAAGCCAGGACCUUCUAAACGCCGCGUUAGCGUAUUAACUUCGGGUUCCAGGGCUAAAAAAGGCCGUAGUUUUAGUGCCGAUAGUAGUUUGGAUGAUUUUGAGUGUUCAAGCGAGGAAGCUCUAUUCUCUCAAAGUUGUGAUGAAGAGGAUGAGAGUGAUGAAGAGGAGGUUAGCGACGACAGUUUAGAUAGUAUUUUUGAUAUUAGGUGUCGUGUCAUACACAAACGUAUGGACAGAUUUCAAUCACCAAGUCAUCAGAAAACUUUAAAACCAGUACCCGAAAAGACGUUUACCCGUCCAAUGUCUCCAGAUCGGCACAUGGCAACCUCACCUUCUAUCAUACAAGAUUAUGGUGAGGUACCUGAUAUACCUGACAAUUUAUUAAAUACUUCUGUAACGCCAUCUGUCUCUAUGUUAAUGUCCGAUGUAACAUCGAUUAACUUUCCCAGUGAAGAUAUCAAAAACUUGCCACUAAGAUCACCUUUGAUCGUUACUUCACCAACGGCAUCACUGUCACAAACUAGAACUGUAAGGCUAGAUGACCAACCAUCUCCAGAAGGAGCUACAUCUUUUUCUUGGCAAUUCACCAAAACCCAGGAAUUACUAGUUCCAAGUCCUUCUGAUCCAUUUGAGGCAUUCCGGUUACUAUUAAACGAUAAUAUUCUAGAUUUGAUAGUGCGUGAAACUAAUGCAAAUGCCAUUCGAGUACUGAAAGCCCCUGGUGUCAAACAACACUCACGAAUAAUGUCCUGGAAAGAUAUGACACGAACUGAAUUAUUAACAUUUCUUGGGUUAGUCCUUCACACAGGUACAAUCCGGCUGAACAGACUCGGCGAUUACUGGAAAAAGCAUUGGUUAUUUAAUAUUCCUUGCUUUGAAGAAUAUAUGUCACGCAACCGUUUUAUGCUAAUAUUGCGUUGCCUUCAUGUUUCAUCUGAAGCAAAUGAAGAAGACCGACUGAGCAAAAUUCGUCCAAUAGUAGAUCAUUUCAACAAUCGAAUGAAUGAUAUUUAUUACCCAGGCAAACAGCUUUCACUUGAUGAAUCGAUGGUGUUGUGGCGUUUACGUCUCCGUUUAGGCAAUAAAUUAAAAAUAAGCGCUAUAAGUAUGGAGUGA